AUUUAUUAUUGUUUUAAAUCUUAUGAUUUAAAAAAAUAAAACCUUUUAUAAAACAUUAUUUUAUUAUUACUAACUAAUAAAUCCAAGGAAAAAUGAUUUAUUCUAAACAAAUUGUGAGUCAUAUGCCAGCUAUAAUUCAUAUCAAUUCUCUAUUUACGAAUAUCUCAUUUCCCGCAUAGUUCCACACAUCAAAGAACACGACAAUAUUUUAGAUGUCGGUAGCGGAGAUGGUAAAUGCACCAAUUUACUAUACGAAACUUUAUUAACUGUUCAUGACAAUAUUGAAUUUAAAGUAAACAUUUUAGGGAUAGACUUGCUCUCAAGAAUGAUCGAAUACGCCAAGGAACGUUAUUGUUCUCACCAAAAAUCAUUGGAAUUCGCUAAUAUAGAUAUAACGAGCAAAAAUGCGGCUGAAAAUAUUUUAAAAGCUACUAAAGGAGUCGUUUUUGAUCACGUUGUGUCUUCAUGCUGUUUUCAUUGGGUGGGGGAUCAACUGAAAGCGUUCGAUAAUCUGCUCAAAAUUAUAAAACCGGAAGGCGGAUCUAUUAAUAUAAUAUUAAGUGAUGGUAUUGUAGAAAGCUUAAAUUACGCGACUGAAAGAGCCUUAGAUAAUCAAGAAUUGAGUCCGCAUUUAAAAAAAUUAAAAGAGUACUAUGACGGCUUGUUAUUACCUUGGAGGCGUUCAUGGAUGAUGGAACCUAAUCCCAUACUAGCUUAUAAGAAAAUCUUGAUUGAGGCGGGGUAUAAAGAAGAUAAAAUAACGAUAGAAGCGAUAGACGAGAUUAAAUACUCGUUUCAACCCUCUAUCGAGGCCGCUGCAAAUUUUGUCCAAGGGUUUUUCCCAGAUGUUUUAGCUGAUGUAGACAAAUCGGGAUUGAAGGAACAGUUUUUUAAAAUGUUUGUGGAAAAUAUUUUGGAAUAUAAUGAAAGACAUUAUGGUGACAAAUUGAAAAUGUGCUUUCCAUUGAUGUAUGUUCGUUACAGUUUAUGAAUAAAAUUAGAAUUCAAAAUUAUGAAUACAUGAAAGACCAAUUUUAUUAAUUAAACAGUAACUUGUUUACAAAAGAAAUUAACAUUAUUUUGUAUAAAAGUUGUAUAAAUAAAAUGGACCUAAUUGAAGUUUUUUA